CCGGAUGUGGAUCCAGUUGGUUGAAAGCGCCGGGCGCUACAGUAAUGGCCGCUCUCGGAAUUGCGAUGGGUGGUGGCAAUUGGUUUUCGGCUUUGGCGCUCGGGGUGACUCUCCUCAAAUGCCUUCUCAUCCCCACAUACCAUUCCACAGAUUUUGAAGUACACCGAAACUGGCUUGCUAUCACUCACAGUUUGCCAGUAUCACAGUGGUAUUAUGAGGCAACUUCAGAAUGGACCUUGGAUUAUCCGCCUUUUUUUGCGUGGUUUGAGUAUGCCCUGUCACAUGUUGCCAAAUAUUUUGAUCAAGAGAUGCUGAAUGUCCGUAAUCUGAACUAUUCCAGCUCGAGAACCUUACUUUUCCAGAGAUUUUCUGUCAUCUUUACAGAUGCACUCUUUGUGUAUGCUGUCCACGAGUGCUGUAAAUGCAUUGAUGGGAAAAAAGCAGGUAAAGAACUUACAGAGAAGCCAAAGUUUAUUCUAUCAGUGUUACUGCUGUGGAACUUCGGGUUGUUAAUCGUGGACCAUAUUCAUUUCCAGUACAAUGGUUUUUUAUUUGGAUUAAUGCUACUCUCCAUUGCACGAUUAUUUCAGAAAAGGCAUAUGGAAGGAGCAUUUCUCUUUGCUGUUCUUCUACACUUCAAGCACAUCUACCUCUAUGUAGCCCCGGCUUAUGGUGUAUACCUGCUACGGUCUUACUGUUUCACUGCAAAUAAACCAGAUGGAUCCGUCCGAUGGAACAGUUUCAGCUUUGUCCGUGUUAUUUCUCUAGGACUGAUUGUUUUUUUAGUUUCUGCUCUUUCACUGGGUCCCUUCCUAGCCUUGAACCAACUGCCUCAAGUCUUGUCCCGACUCUUCCCUUUCAAGAGGGGCCUCUGCCAUGCAUAUUGGGCUCCAAACUUCUGGGCUUUGUACAAUGCUUUGGACAAAGUGCUCUCCAUCAUCGGUUUGGAAUUGAAACUUCUUGAUCCCAACAAAAUUCCCAAGGCCUCAAUGACAAGUGGUUUGGUUCAGCAGUUCCAACACACAGUCCUUCCCUCAGUGACUCCCUUGGCCACCCUCAUCUGCACUCUGAUUGCCAUAUUGCCCUCUGUUUUCUGUCUUUGGUUUAAACCCCAAGGGCCCAGAGGCUUUCUGCGAUGUCUAAUUCUUUGUGCCUUGAGCUCCUUCCUAUUUGGGUGGCACGUCCAUGAAAAAGCCAUACUCCUUGCAGUUCUCCCGAUGAGCCUUCUUUCUGUGGGAAAAGCAGGAGAUGCUUCAAUUUUUCUGAUUCUGACCACAACGGGACAUUAUUCCCUCUUCCCUCUGCUCUUCACUGCACCAGAACUUCCCACUAAAAUCUUACUCAUGUUACUAUUUACCACCUAUAGUAUUUCCUCACUGAAGACUCUAUUCAGAAAAGAAAAACCUCUUUUUAAUUGGUUGGAAACUUUCUACCUCCUUGGCUUGGGGCCUCUGGAAGUCUUCUGUGAAUUUCUAUUCCCUUUCACCUCCUGGAAGCUGAAGUACCCCUUUAUCCCUUUGUUACUGACCUCAGUGUAUUGUGCAGCCGGCAUCACAUAUGCUUGGUUCAAACUGUAUGUUUCAGUGUUGUCUGACCCUCCUUCCAGCAAGACAAAGAAACAAUGAAUAAAGGAACUGCUUGGAUAUC